UUUGCCCGGAAGCCUUAAUGAGCCUCGGCACGGUUUGGAUGGCGGUCGAGGAUGGUGCAGAGGAAGAGAGAGAAUCAUUCCCUUGAUGUGUCAUGCCCACCGACUCCCACGUGAGUCCACGUAUGCUGCCACUCUUUUUCUCUCUCUCAACCUCCCCAAUCUUUUCUCUCUCUACCCAUCGUCAGAAAGGCAUAGAUGGCAGAUGAUCCAUUGGAGGUGCGUUUGGGGUCAACCUUGUAGAGACCAGAGAGUGAUAUCCGGGGUUUCAUAAUGGGAUAGCACGGAUUGAUUGACCACUUUUCUCCCAUUUAAUACCACGCACCCGCCCUCUUGUCUUCCCUCCGUUUGCCCUUUGCCUCACCUCACUCUCUCUCGUAUCUCCUUCCUUCUUCAUCUCACAGUCAAUUGCCUUUCCCCUCUUUUUUAUUUCUCCUGAUUUUUCUCAGACAUUCGGGUUUCCCCUCUUUUUAUCUCUCCUCUUCUCUCCAUCAUUUGCAAUUAGGUACUCUCUCUUAAUUUUUCCCGUCAUCUGGAUUUGUUGAGACUUACGAGAGAGUCGGGAGGAGCAAAUGGACGAUUUUUGUAAUACAGGGCUUGUUUUGGGAUUGGGAAGAGGCAUAUCCCUGGAAAAGCUUCCUAAACCUGAACCUAAAAGGCCUUGCUUCCGAUUGGAUCGCCUCUUCCCUUCGCCUUCCGAGCCCUGUCUCACUCUAGCUCUCACUGAAACCCCAUCUCCUGGUGCUGUCCCUCAAAAGAUUCAGGUAAGGAUUGACGUGAACAAAGCUUAUGAAGAGAGCGGAGCACCCAAUUGUUCUCCGACUGGUAGUAGCGUUUCCUCUUUCUCUAAUCUGCAUCGAGAGCUUUUUAAUGGGGGAGUGAAGAGAGAGAGAGAGCAGGCGACUGAGGAGUUGGAGGUGGAGAAGCGGGUGAGCGAUGAGGAAGAAGAAGGCAACGCCAGAAAGAAACUUAGGCUCACCAAGGAGCAGUCAGCUCUCCUCGAGGACAGUUUCAAGGAGCACAGCACCCUUAAUCCGAAACAGAAGCAGGCUUUAGCGGAGCAGCUGAAUCUGCGGCCUCGGCAGGUAGAGGUCUGGUUUCAGAACAGGAGGGCAAGGACCAAGCUGAAACAAACAGAGGUGGACUGCGAAUUCUUAAAGAGAUGUUGCGAGACACUCACUGAUGAGAACAGGAGGCUUCAAAAGGAGUUGCAGGAAUUAAAAGCCCUAAAAUUUGCAUCUCCUGUUUAUAUGCAGCUCCCUGCCGCUACUCUCACUAUGUGCCCUUCUUGUGAGAGAAUUGGUGCGGGCGAUGCGUCAACUAGAAGUUCCUUUGCUAAGGCCGCACACUUCUUUAGUGGGCCUUUCACGCAUCCUGCUGCUUGUUAAAAUCAAAGGAGAAAAGCUAGUUAAAGAGAGAGAAAUGUCUUGAUUGUCUUAGAGAGAGAGAAAGGCAAUCAGGGGUUUCCUUGUUUCUUGAAUUGGAGCAACCCCACAAAUCCCACUGUAUAUUCUUUCACCCCAUUCCAUUGUCAUCAUCUCACUAAUCAAAUCUCAUACUUCUUUUAUUAUUAUUACUUUGGAA